UUCCACUCUUCAUUUCCACGCCUCUCCCUUCUUCCAUCCAAUCAACGGAGGCCCCGCCUCCGUGACGUAUUGACUCAUCUGUUUGGGGUGAUUACGUGUAGCUCUCCAACUAGCAGCGGCUAGCUUGUCAUACGAGACAGUUCGAGCAAGUUCUUUAUUGUUAAUUGAGUGUAACAUCUAUAUUUUGUGUACAAGUUUAGAAAGACAGAAGUAUUAGAGCAAUUGAAAACAUCACGGAUGGAUGUUUAAUCGAAAAUGAAAUGCCAAAUGGAAGCAGCGGAGCAUCCCUCUUCUCAGCGAUACUGCAAAGAGACGUUGAAGGGGGAGGUCGGUAUGUUUGCCAAGUUGAAGAAAAAGAUUGCCGAGGAGGCGGCCACGGCGCCCCGGACGGCUGUGCGCAUCCCUCGGACCAUAAGCAAAGAAUCCAUCACCUCACUGGGGGCAGACUCGGGGGAUGACUUUGCUUCUGAUGGCAGCAGCUCCAGGGAUGAUCUGCCCGCCCAGCUCCUCAGGAGAAACUAUCAGAUCCGCAAGCUGGAGGCCAAACUGUCGGACUACGCUGAGCAGCUACGAAUUAUGCAGAAGACCAAGGAGAAGCUUGAAAUUGCGUUAGAAAGGCAUCAGGAUUCAUCCAUAAAGAAACUUCAAGAACAGAGUGAGUCUCAUCAGGCCAGCAGAGCCAAAAUGGCCGAGGGGAUGGCUUUAGCUCUAGAAAAAAAGGAUCAGGAAUGGAUGGAGAAGAUGACUGACGUUGAGAAGGAAAAGGCUGCCCUGUCAGCCCGGCUUGAGGAGAUGAUGGAACAGAGUUUAACCCUCUUCCAGAAAAGAGAUGACCUGGAUGAGCUGGAGGGUUUUCAGCAGCAAGAGCUCGCUAAAGUUAAACACAUGUUGCUGAGAAAGGAGGAGCUGCUCGGCCAGAGAGAGCGGGAGCUCCAGCAGAAGGACAGCGAGGCCCAGUCGGCCAAACGGGGGCUGUCCGAGGCCUGGGGGAAACUCCGGGCCCUCCAGCAGCAGCACGACGAGAGCUGCAGACUCAACUCCGAGUUCGAAACCGAGCGAGAAGAGCUGCUGCUGCUGAGAGAGGAAGCAGAAACAAAGACCAGCGAGCUGGAAGGAAGGUGUAAAGAGCUGGAGUCGGUCAUCCAACAGGUUUCUGAGGACUUCCAGAAGUCUCAGGACAUAGCGUCCACAUUAGAGCAGUCCCUCCAUGAUUUACAGGCUGAACACGACUCUCUGAGGUUGCAACAACAAAAGGCCGCUGUAGCAGAGGAGGACAAGGAACGCAUGCUGGGGGAACUUCAGAAGAAAGUGGCCUCUCUGGAAAGGCGGCUGAAAGGGAACCUGAGCGAGGAUGAGCAUCUGCAGGAGCUGCUGCAGGAGAAGUCCAACCUGGACCGGAGUCUGGAGGAGACCCGAGCAGAGCUGCUGGCAGUCAGGACAAAUCACGCUGAUACCGUCAGCUCUCUGGAGGCACAGGUAUCCAGAACGAGUUGCACUAUUACUGAACUGCAAACGCUUCUUCGACAUAAGGAUGAGUCCUCAAGGGCCUACAAAGAGAGAACAGACACACAGAUUGCUGAGUUGGAGCAUCAAGUUCAAGAAAUGAGUGGGAAGCUGAAUGAAGCGGAGCAGCAGAUCACAGAGAAACAGCAGCAAAUGGAGAAACUGCAAGGAGAGAGGGAUGCAGAACGAGCCUUCCUGGAUCAGCAGGUGCGUUUGUCCGAGCAGCAGAGUCAGGAGAAGAUCAGCCGACUGGAGGACGGCGUCAGCUCUUUGCAGACAGACAAGCAGACGCUCACAGACCGGGUGUCUCAUCUGGAUAAGCAGCUUCUGGACGUGAACUCCAUUCUGAAGCAGAGGACAGAAGAGUUGGAGGAAUGCAAGGCAGAGCUGAGCUGCCGGCAGACGGUCAGCACGGAAAUCGCCAAAGCCCUGGAGGACAGCAGACGGCAGAAGGAGGAGCUGCAGACACAGGUCGGAGAAGCCAUGCUGUCACUGCAGAACUUACAGCAGGAGCUGGUGGCUGUCACUGAGAAGCUCACAACGAGAGAGGAGGACAUCAAAACACUCCAGAAUGAGGUGCAGAGUCGGCAGGACGCGCUGGCGCGGCUGCAGGAGGAGGCCGAGCGGCUGCGGGCGCAGCUGCAGCUGACCGAGGCCGACCGAGACGCCCAGCUGACCGGCCUGAGGGAGGAGCUGCUGGGCCAGACGCAGCAGCUGGACAGCUGCCAGGCGCGGAUCUCGUACCUGGAGGUGGAGGUGGAGACGCUGACGGAGCAGUUGCGCGGCCCCGAGGUGUGUGAGGAGGACCAAAACGGCAGUGUGACCGUGGACGACCUGGACCAGCUGCAGAAAGUCAACAGGGAUCUGGAGCAGCAGCUCAGCGACAAAAACAGGACCAUCAAGCAACUCCAGCAGAGACUGGCUGAGUUCAAAAGGACUCUACAGAAAGAACUGAAAUUUAAGGCCGACUCGGAAGUCGAUGGCAAGGAGAGGCCGUCCGAGAGUCGAGCAGAGAGACUGGAGCGGGUCUGUCCGGACCCCCCGCCGGCGUCGGCCCUGAGCCCCCCCACCUCCAGAACCACGGUGACCAACACCUCGGACCUCAACGACUCGCGGGAGAUCAACUUCGAGUACCUCAAGCACGUGGUUCUCAAGUUCAUGUCGUCCAGGGACGCUGAGGCCUACCAGCUGAUCCGAGCCGUAUCCGUGCUUCUGAACUUCACCCGGGAAGAAGAAGACAUGCUAAAGCAAACUCUGGAGUACAAGAUGUCCUGGUUUGGAUCCAAACCUUCACCAAAAGGGAUCAUCCGCCCUUCCAUCUCAGGCGCUCCGACUCACUGGAGCUGAUGAGCAGCACACACACACACACACACACACACCGCUGUGGUGACCGGGAGAAAAGAAAUGAAGGGACGCGUUCCGGAGGAGGAGCCCUUUCCUCUGUGGCCCCAAUCACUAAGCAGCUUUAACAGUCACUGUUUUUUGUUUUUUUCUGGUUAUCUAUGGGAAGAGUCUGUGUUUCAUGCUAUGCGGGAGACAGAAAAGGGGCAUCACAACAUUUUUAAAGGACUACAAGGCUUAACCAUGACUUAAUUUCCUUCUUUUUUCUUUUUUUUUUCUUUCAUUAGCUGUGGGGCGGGUGUCUCGUUUUACUUCCAGCACAAACCUGAUGUUGUAUUCUCAGUGAAAGCGGAAAACCGGAGUCAGAAUAGGAAACUUUGUACUGAAA